UAUAUAAGCCUGGUUUCGAACCACGUUUUCCUAUCAAGCUGAAAGCCAAAUUCUCUUCAAAAAAUCUCUCACAAACAAUUUGUCAAACGCAUGGAGUACAACAUCCCUCCUACCAGCAACCAUAACUCAUCAACAGCGUCAUCUUCGAAGGCGAAAAAAAAGAGCGGGAAGAAAAGCAAGGGAGGAGUGAAGCUUUCCACUGAUCCACAGAGCGUGGCGGCUCGAGAACGAAGGCAUCGAAUCAGCGAUCGGUUCAAGAUCUUGCAGAGCAUGGUCCCUGGUGGGAGUAAGAUGGACACAGUGUCCAUGUUGGAGGAAGCGAUCCAUUACGUGAAGUUUCUGAAAACUCAGAUAUGGCUCCACCAAACCAUGAUCAGCUCUGUUGACGAUGACCUUCCACUUCCCAACCAUGAACAGUUCACUUCGCUUCAACAAAACCCAUCAUCUUCUUCUUCCGUGGGUUCUGUGCAGAAUUUGACACAGAUACCACUGGAACAGUAUUGCUGCUUCCAAAAUGAAGCGGCAACAACAAUAUUGGACGCCGAUAUGAACUAUUGGCCAGCGUAGUCUUCUCUUCUCUACUCGUCCUAUAAGCUUAGUACGUCUACUUAGUAUCUGGCGUAAGGCUAGCUGUGAUGUGAUUACAAAAUCUGCGUGUAAAAAAUUGUUCAAAUGCUGUCUUAGUUGGUGUGUGUGAUCUAUGAUGCUGUUUUGUAGUGAA